AUGUCGCUCAUCACCGCCCUCCUCACUUUCGCUUUGCUCCACACCUCGGUCCAGGGGUCGAGCAUCAAGCUCGGCUGUCUCAGCGCUGCGCCCACCGGAGUAUCGCUGGCUACUGGUGGACAGACUCUGGAGGCUUGCAGAAGUGUCUGCGCGACCUCCGCCAGCCCCUAUUCGUACUUCUCCAAGAGCUCCAGCUCGUGUGGGUGCAGCUCUACUGCGGCGCCGAACACGCUAUACGUCGAUGCUCUCGACCGGGAUGCCAACUGCGGUGACGCUACUGUCUGGUACUCUGGCAUCAUUGCCAACUCCACCUCCAACUCCACAACCACCUGCCCCUCCCUCGGCCCCACAUCAUCAGCCGACCUCCCGGGCUACGUCUACCUCUCCACUCUUCCCGACCCGCUCGCUUGCUACUCCGCCUGCGGCGCCGCCGGGCUCAACGUCUCGCUCAUCCAGCCUGGACUCGGCGGAUACUCGUGUGCGUGCGCAUCAAAGAUCGAGGGGGCGACUUAUGCGGAGGUGUGCAACAGCCAGAGCUGGUAUGCGGUGCAAAAGGCAUCUGCGGCCGUGACUACGCCCAAAGAGCCAAAGAAGUGCAAGCGCAAGCAGAGGAGGAGCACGGGAGGCAAGCAAUAG